UUCACCAAAACUCCAUUCUCAACCAAUCACAACUCACCAGUCACCACCAUCUUCAGCCCAGCCCUCUGUUUUACAGCUCCCUCCCUGUCUCUCUCCAAAGAUUUUUCUUCACAGAAAGUGAAUAAUAAUUCCAGAGAUUCAUUGCUUGGAGCUCUCUGCUUUCUUUAUUGCUCCCAAUCUGGCCAUCUUUUUCUUCUUGCUUUCUGGCCUUUUGUUUUUCUUUUUAUCAUACAUCAAGGGGGAAAAGGUAGUAAUUGUAGCAAACUUUCCCACUUUUCUCUCUACAAAACCCCAGCCUCAAGCUUCUCAGAAACUCACAGUUUUGUUUCAGCUGUCUUCUGUUACAAAAUUCUGGAAAGUUCUAUUUUUUUGUUUGGGGGGGGGGUGGUUUAUCCUUUUUUAAUUCUGGGAUUUUGGUCGUUUCAAACAAAUCUUAGUGUAAAUUUCUUGUAUUUGGAUUCUGUAAUCAGUUGUUUUCAAGAUUUUUUUUAUUUGAUUUGGAAAAGGUGGUCUUUUUUAGAUUCCUCAUUGAAGGGGGUGGAUAGAAUUAAAAAGAAAAAGAAAGAAAUGGGUAAAAUAUUCUGAUUCUCCUCUCCAAAUGCUUCUUGAUUAAACACUGAUAUUGCCAUUGUGGAACCUCCAUCUCUCUUUCUUCACUGCUAUCAACAAUGGAAAAUCUCUGAUUCUUUCUUCUUUUUUUGUUAAUCUGUGAAAUUUGGGUUUUUUUUUUUUUUCUUUUUUCUUGAUGAAGUGGGAGAUGGGGAUUCUGUCACCGGAUUCAUCUUAUCUGUCAAGCUCAAGCUGGUUUCAUGAAGGAACAAAAUGGAGUCCGGCAGAGAACAAGGCGUUUGAGAAGGCUCUUGCUUUGUACGACAAGGACACGCCGGACCGGUGGGAGAGGGUGGCGGAGAUGGUGCCCGGAAAGACGGUGGGGGAUGUUAUCCGGCAGUACAAGGAAUUGGAAGAUGAUGUUACCAGCAUAGAGGCUGGUCUCAUGGAUUUGAUUCCCAUUCCUGAUUAUACCACUUCUUCACCUUUUACAUUGGAAUGGGGUGGUGCCCACCGCCCGGCUUUUGUCGCCGGAGGAGGGAAGAGACCGCCGGCGAACCGGGCCCCGGAGCAUGAACGGAAGAAGGGUGUUCCAUGGACUGAAGAAGAACACAAGUUGUUUCUGAUGGGGCUAAAGAAGCAUGGGAAAGGGGAUUGGAGGAACAUUUCGCGAAAUUUCGUGAUUACAAGAACCCCAACACAAGUAGCCAGCCAUGCCCAGAAGUUCUUCAUCAGGCAGAAUUCAGGAGGGAAGGACAAGAGAAGAGCUAGCAUUCAUGACAUAACCACAGUGAGCAUUGAUGAGCACCAGAUGGCUUCACCCGACACCAAGAAGCGCUGCGAUGAUUCCCCGGAUCAGGCAGGCGUGGCGCUAUCCCAGCCACAGCAGCAGCCUGAUUCUGGUGUGCACAAAAGGCCCUUUUCGUGGAAUCAUCAGGGAAACAUUGGGAUGGCUAUAAGUGGAUUCAGCUCAGCGUCGCCUGGGAAUUUGUUCGCGUAUGCGUUUGGGCCUCAAACGAUUCACGAAUCCAUCUUUGGGUCUCAAACUAUGGCUUUCCCAAUACAGUCAGCUGCACAGCAAUACCCUUUUGCUUGAAAUGGGAUUUCUGCUAGAAAACCAGAGCUGAAUUGAACAAGAAAUGGUUUUAUGAAGUUUACAACCAUCUUAGUCUUCUGCUUUUGUUAUUUGUUUUUUUGUUUUUUUACUGUCACUUUCCUAUUUGCCCUGUGAAUAUGUUGUUUUGUUGCCUUUUGGUUUAGUCUUCAGUAAGGAUGUGUUUGUUUGUAGGAAGUGCAGACCAUAUGGAAAUGCCAUAUUGAAAAUGAAACAUCUCACUGGGGGGGUACUGUUUUUGUGUACUUUGAGAAGACACUAUUGGAUGUAAUGUUAGUGGGCACCUUAUGGUUCUCAACAAAGCUUUUUGCAAAUGAUAUAAUUAACUGGUUCAGGGCUAAAGAGCCACCCACAA